AUGCCUUCCUCUCAUCCCCCGAUCAAUCCUGAGUAUGGCGACAGCGAAGCCCGCGUGUUGCUUCAGCGCAUCCAGCCAUCACUCCUUCUGACGUCCUCCGGACGUGCAGCGAAUGGGGCUGCAAAUGGUUUGGGAAUCCGCGUGGCGCAAUGUCUCUGGGAUGCAAAAACCCGGUUCGUCCUGCUAGAGCCCUCAGGCAGCAUGUCGGCACCUCGACCGAUGACGCACCUGUGUUCACCGGCCCCAGACGACGGCGCACUGAUGCUCUUUACAAGCGGCACCACCGGUACGCCCAAGGGCAUCAUCCUCACCCAUCAGAACCUGUUGACUGCCGUGCGUAUCCUCAUCCGCGCCCAGUCGCUGUCGCCGACGGAUCGAUGUGCAAUCAUCACGCCUCUCUUUCACGUUGCUGGUGUCGGCAUUUUACUUCUCUCGACUCUGUUUUCGGGUGGUGCAGCGGUCAUUCCCGCUUCACUGUCUGGGGCAUUCUGGUCGCAGCUGGAGGAGCAUGCGGUGACAUGGUUCCACGGUGUGCCUACACUCCACCGAUUGUUGCUCACGUUUCCCCGGCCGCCGAACAUGAGACGGCUGCGGUUUGUGUCAUCCGGCGGCAGCUCCCUGGCCCAAGAUACCUUGCAUCAUCUCGAGACCGAGCUGGGGAGCCCUGUGCUUGAAAGGUACGGCAUGACCGAGACUGCACCGGGCAUCUUUUGCAACAGCACCGAUCGACCACGCCGUUCCUCAUGCUACCCCAUCCCACCAGAAGUUACCGUUCGAAUCCUGCACUCCAGCGCGGGUAGUGGCACUCCAUCAUUGACAGACUCCGUCGGAAUUGCCGGUGAAGUCUGCCUCAAGGGGGCGAAUGUAAUGGAGGGCUACGUGGAUAAUGCGGAUGCCAAUGCUGAUGCCUUCGUCGACGGCUUCUUCCGAACAGGUGACCUGGGACGACUUGAAUCCGAUGGCUAUCUCCGUCUUGUAGGCCGAAUCAAGGAAGUCAUCAACAAAGGAGGCGAGAAGAUCGAUCCCACAGAGGUCGAACAUCUGCUGCUGGGACAUGAAUCCAUCCGUGAUGUGGCGUGCUUUCGCGUCUCGGAUGAGAUGUAUGGCGAACAUAUUGGCGCUGCCAUUGUCCUCAAAGCUGGGUGCCAGCUCAAGCCACUGGAAGUCAAGAAGCACGUCCGGAACAAUGCCAUAGGCUUCAAGGUCCCUAAAAAGGUUGUAUUUCUGGAUACGAUUCCGUGUAAUCGGACGGGCAAGUAUCAGCGCGUCUUGCUCUCCCAGCAAUACGGAGGAUGA